GGGGAUAAGUGGUAUCGUCGAGUGAUGAAUCUCAUUCUUCGGUAUAUCGUUCGCGAGUGCGGACGUCGGCAUCAUGUCUGAAUUAAUCACAGCAGCGGAGCUGCAGAACUUUUACCAAAAUUAAAUUUUUCAAUAAGACAUAUUACACAGUGAUAAUUUGUGUUUAAACGUACUCACUCGCAUAUAUAUAAAAUUUGUAAAUUUCUCGGAAGAAUACAUUUUAAAGUUAUAUUUUUAAAAUUAAUAAUCGGACAUGGAAGAAACGGUGGCAUUGGUCAAAUCAUGCAUAAUUUCAAAGAAAGGCGGUGUAUCAAUCGAAAAUCUAAACGAUGAGUUUCAAAAUCUCGUCGGAGAAUCAAUUCCGUAUCGCAGAUUGGGAUUCUCGAAUCUUCGUUCGUUUUUACGAACUAUAGAUGGUUUGCAGAUUACUUGGAACGAAUUUGGUGAACAAACAUUAAAGAUAAACGAUUCUAAAAUAUCUCAUAUCGACAAACUUAUAUGCAAACAAAAAGUCAAUUAUUCAAAGACAAAAAAUAAAUAUUAUAAACAAUUUACACAUAAUAAUGGCAAUCUCAAAUACAAUAACAAUGAGCGUCGAGAAAAGAACAGAUUAAUUAAUAAUAACAAUCGCAUUAAUAGACGAAGUCAAGAUUUUGCUUAUCGUCGUGAUCUAAACUUAUUUGAUGAUGCCUGUAAAAAUAAAAACUUUUUAUGUGAAGAAGAAGAAAAUCAUUAUCCAGUAGUAAUAGAAUCAAAUGAAAUAAAAAAACAUGACAAUAUAUAUGAACCUAUUGCAAACGGUCAACAAUUACUUGGCGAUGACUUCUUCCUACAACUUGCAAUACGAAAUCUUCAUCUUCCUAUUUGGAGAUACAAGGAUAGCUUAGCAUUGCACUGUGGAUUGUGUAUCUCUGGACAAAGUAUAAGCGACUGUACUCGAGCUUUAAGGAAUAUUAAUACCAUCUCCAAUCGUGUCGUAAUUCUGCUUGGUUCGGUUGAUAUUUACAAUAACGCCACUUGCGAUGAAAUGGUGUACGAUAUGACGGAACUCUUGCAAGUUCUCCGGUCUAAGUUUCACCUUUCAAAUACGGCCAUCACUAUUUGUACUCUUCCACCUUUGGCUAAUCUCAGCAUUUAUGCUUAUAAGAAACAAAGUUUGGCGUUCUUUUCCUUUAACAAUUGGAUAAGAUCUCUGGCGGAUGAUCCGUCUAAGAGAGGUCCCUCCUUUGUGAAUUAUCCUGUAAUAGAUUUGUACGAAAAAUUUUGCAUCGAUGAAACGUAUAUCACAGAUUACGACUGGUUCCAAACCCAAGCACGUAGAGUGUCCGGCACUAAACAUUCCUAUGUGUUGUGGAACAGCAAGGGACGGAAACGAGCUAUGAGCCUCAUCUGCAAAGAGGAAAAUCAUUCUAGAAGUCCCAGCUCAUUGUCGAUGCAAUGAGUUAACCGAGGACCUUCCAUUGUAUAUGUAUAUGUGUAUAUAUAUAUAUAUAUAUAUAUAUAUGUGUGUGUAUGUGUGAUAAACAUCGUAUAAAGGAGAAGCAGGGCGGUAUAUUGCGGAGAGCCUUAUUCGUUACUUACGACGAAGAACGCUUUUUUGAGGAUUUUCCAAGAUGUACCUCUCUGCUUCCUUCGCAGAUGAGUACCUAAUUAUCAGAACCAUUCACUACACAACAUUGUCCACAAUUCACAUUCACAUUAUUUGGAAGCUAUUUUAUAUAUAGGAAGAAGAAAAA